UUUAUAGAAAACAUUUUUAAAGGUUGAAGUUUGUUGUUUGAGUGUUUGGUUAAGGUAGAUAUUUAAUUUAUUGAGAAUUUUGAUUGCAGAAUCAAUAAUCUUGCGAACUCAUACAGAAAAUUCUUACCUGGAAGAAGAGCUGUAGAAGAAUGGUUUUGUUUUGUCUUUGAUUAAAAUUAAAUGAGUGUCAUUAUGGCAGAAGCACUUCCUGGAACAUCGAAGGAUGAAUUCGAAGACCAAGACGCAGAUGGUAAUGAAUCAGCGUUAAUGGUAAAGAAGACAGAUACCGAACUUACCACAAUAGUUCCGGUCAGGAUGUCAGGUUUUGCAUUUCUUGAUCCUUAUUUUGGGAUCUGGCUGAAGGAAAAUUCUCUGGGAAAAAACAGCUUUGCUCAAGAACGACCUUGUUUGUCCAUUAUUGAAUCAGAUUUUGCUGCACUGGUGUUAUCUGGUGACAAGCAAAUUGUUCGCAAUGGCCGUGUGGUGAAGUCCUUUAAAGUGAGUGCUGGAAACAAGCACCAUUUUGUGUUGAACACUACAGAAAGUCAAAAGCGUGAAAUUAACUAUUUGAGUCAUACAUCUAGAAAGUACUCCUCCAUUAAGAAAGGAAAACAGUUAGCAAUUGGUAUGUCAUCAUCACAGAAAACUGUAUUGAAACAGAGUUUGUUAAAUUUUGUGGAGAGUAAUGAAUGGUUUGCACAACAAAAACUGGAGGACUCUCAGACUGAAGCUUGUGAUAAUCAGAUGGUUAACUGGAUGGACUUGAAACCAUGUGUUGAUGAUGUGGAUCCAGCCAAUGUCAUAACAACAUCUGGCUUCAAAUCCUUGGUUCGUUCUCAGCUGUCCAAUGAACAGUCUAGUGAGAAGUUGGAUGUGCCAGUGGUGAUAAAGACAUGGAGUCGUGACUCUUCAAGCAACAUAGUUUGGAAAGCAGCUGCAGUUAAGUCAUUUGGUCAGAAGAAGUUACCAUUGCAGCAGACAUGUUCAGAAGAUGAUGAUAUUACAAUGAAUGAUUUGGCAGGUUAUUUUGAUAAUCUGGUGCACAUUCCAAAAGAAAUGUCUUCUAUGGCUGAAAUGAUGUACCAGUAAAUGUUUUCAAGGGGACACCAAAACUAUUGAUGUGUAUAUUAGUGGUCUUCCUAAGAAAUUGUUGAAAAACAUUUUUUCCAGUAUUGUUGUUAUUUUGUCACAUUACAUAAGUACCAAACAUUUUGUCUUUGCCAUGUUCAAUUUUAUAGCAUGGCUUUGUUUGAUUUAUAUAAUCUAUUUAUAUGAAAGCUUUUUAUAUUGAAAUUAGCCUAAACUCAAGAUUUUGUUACUCAUACAGUGGCAAAGCAUGGCUGUUACUGUAAGCAAUAAUUUUAUUUUUAUGUAUAAUAUCUAAGAUUGAUAUUUGUAAUGCAAUAUCAAUAAUUUGAUAUGACUGUUUACCAUUUGUUGUAUUUAUUUUGCUUUGGAUAUUGUAGGUGCAAAUGUCUAGUUCAAAAUUUUUGCUUUGAACCAACAAUCUGUUGGUGUAUUUACAUUAGUGUUGGACAUUUUCUCAUCUUAAAACUAUUAAACAUGCUAUAUAUAGCAUUCUGUAAUAUUUUGAAAAGUAUUUAUUUUAGAUCUAAAGGCUGUUUAUAAUAUUUUGGGUUUGAUUAAGAAUAUUACAAACAAGAAUAGCAAUAACAGAAAAAUAUCUGAACAGUAAGCAUUGUAACUUGGAGCUUUAAACCAAAAACUGUCAGGGUGUCGGUGACUGAAAUGAAAAUGUCCAAUGGUGACAUCAAAACUCUCUGGAUUAAAUUGAAAAUGUUGAUGAAAAUAAUAUGUAAACUGGAGGACAUGAAUACUAAGAGAAAUAUAGGGGGGGGGGGGGGUCAAA